AUGGAGGCUGCCUUAACCGCGAUUCGCAAGGAACGCGGGCGCGUCAAGGGCAAGGUUAGCCGCAUAGAGAACGUGUUAGUUCAGAUUCAAGAUGGUUCCAAGACAAUAACAGUCGAAGAAAUAGACGAGCGUCUAGUACAAUUGCAAGAAGCCAAAAAGGCAUUCAACAAGCGAGGGACACCAGACCCAGUUCAAAACAACGACGUGAACAGUGGUUCGCAACGCAACCGCGGCGAGACCACACCCUCGACGAGCGGAGGACAAGAACAGCCGAGCGGCGUAAACGCGGAACUGGUACAAAUUCUGCAACAACAGGCUGAAUUACUCAGACAUUUAUCCGCUAAUCGAAAUGUAGGUGGACAACGAGAAUCACAGCAGGUAAAACUCCCAGUUAUACAAUUGCCAACGUUCGACGGAAAAAUCGAAGAAUGGAAACGAUAUUUCGAGACUUUCAAAGCUGGUUCGCACUUCAUUUACUUUUGCCCGAAGUUUCUAGGCUUGACGAUUGAAGAACGGAUCAAUGAGGCUCGCAGACUCAAACUUUGUCUCAACUGUUUGAGAAGUGACCAUUUCGUCCAAACGUGCAAGGGGGGAUCUUGCCGCGAGUGUUCUGGACGACACAACACUCUCUGUCACUUACCACGAGACAAGGCAGAUUCGUCCGAAGCAGCAAAUUCGAACACGCCAACGACGUCUGAAACCUCGAGCGCAGCAAACAAAGAAGAAACAUCAAGCAAUAACGUAACGACGAUGCAUCAAUCGUUGAAUCGACUCAAGCGCGUUCUCAUGUCUACGGCGCUGGUAAAUGCCAACCAUGCGAACGGAACGCCGGUUUCGAUACGAGUUGUACUAGAUAGCGCGAGCGAAGCAAAUUUUAUAACUGUCGCGGCGUGCAAUAGCCUCGGAUUACGAACCGGAAAAAUUAACGAGCCCAUCGUGGGGCUGAACGAAAUGAAAAGUAAGGUAACUCAAGAUUGUAACGUUGUUGUCAUGUCGAGACAUUCGACUUUGAGAAUCAAUGUUCAUUGCUUGGUCGUACCGCGAAUUACAAACGAAUUACCGUCUUUCAAGUUCGAUUCCAGCGAAUUGUCAAUACCGAACACGAUUAAACUCGCCGAUCCGUUUUAUCACGAGCCAAGCAAGGUCGAAAUGCUGAUAGGCGCCGAGUUUUUCCAAAGCCUUCUCGAGACGGGGAAAAUCAAGUUGGGCGAAGACAAGCCCACGCUUCAAAACACAGCUCUUGGUUGGGUAUUGGCCGGGCCAAUGCCAACACAAUCGCGUCGUUUUCCAGACAUUUCAGUCUUAGUGUGCUCUCGCAAUAGCAUUUCGAGUCUCAACGAAAACGUCACGAGAUUUUGGAACAUUGAGGAAAUUAAGUCAGAAAGAUCAACGCAAAAGGUAUCAGAAAACGAGAGUAAAUGUGAGACAAUGUUCGAGACCGCAACACGCGACGAGUCUGGACGUUUCAUUGUGCGUUUACCGAGUCGCGAGUCAAUAAACGAAUUGGAGGAAUCGCGACAAAUCGCGGAAAAAAGAUUGUUAGCGCUCGAGCGACGAUUCAAAGGCAACGACAUUUUGCGACAACGUUAUACCGAAUUCAUGCGAGAAUAUGUCGAGUUAGGACACAUGUCUGCGGUGUCUCCGACAAAAAAUGCAAGCGAACUGCCUGUCGUGUAUUUGCCGCACCACGAAGUAAUUCGCGAAACGAGCACAACGACCAAAUUACGAGUUGUAUUCGAUGCUUCGGCUAAGUCAAGUUCCGGAAAAUCGUUAAACGAUGUUUUGUUAGUCGGUCCAACGGUGCAGGACAAUCUCCUAGACAUUUUACUCACAUUUCGAUUGCACAAAAUAGCUUUCACCGCAGACAUACAAAAAAUGUAUCGCCAGAUUUUGGUCGACCCUCGCGAUCGAUAUUUUCAAAGAAUACUUUGGCGUUUUUCGGUAGACGAGCCCAUUCAAGAAUACCGUUUAAACACGGUCACUUACGGUCAAGCGUGCGCUCCGUAUUUAGCGAUUAGAGCGAUUCGAAAGCUAGCUCAAGACGAGAAGAAAGAAUUUCCCAUAGCCGCAAACAUCGUGCUUCGAGAUUUUUACGUUGACGACGUUUUAUCAGGCGCGAACAGUAUCGACGAAGCCAAGACCCUUUGCAAGCAACUACAACAAUUAUUGCUGCGAGGAGGAUUUGAGUUACACAAAUGGAGUUCAAACAUCGACGAAAUUGUCACAAAUAUGCGAGGAUCGACUCAAGAAAUUUCUCCGUCAACGAAUAUCGACGACGGUGACUCAGUGAAAACCUUAGGUCUGCAAUGGUCGCCUGCUAACGAAAAAUUCCAGUUUUCUAUCAAUAUCGAUAUCGGAGCAAAGACAAAGCGAGAAAUAUUGUCUGCGAUAUCAAAACUCUUAGACCCUCUCGGUGUCAUAGGGCCGAUUAUUGUACGAGCUAAAUUAAUCAUGCAAGCAUCUUGGUCGCACGAUGUAGCGUGGGAUGCAGAUUUGCCACAGGAACUUUUGAACGAGUGGAACGACUACGUCGACGACAUACAAAAUGUAGGGACGAUUCAAGUACCACGACGAGUUAUCCAACACGAGGAGUCGUCACGGUUGAGCCUUCACGGAUUUUGCGAUGCUUCCGAAAGAGCCUACGGCGCGUGUUUGUAUAUCCAGUCGGAAGAUGGAGAUGGUCACAAAACGUCCUCACUACUAUGCUCAAAAUCCCGUGUCGCCCCGAUGAAGAAGAUAACGCUGCCGCGAUUGGAACUGUAUGGCGCGGUUCUUCUCACAAGAUUGGUGCAAGCUGUAAACGAAACGCUAAGGAUCGAGUUCGGCGAUGUUCGAUUAUGGACGGAUUCUACGAUCGUUUUAGCAUGGAUUGCCAAGGAAUCCUCUCACUGGCAAACUUUCGUCGCAAACCGCGUAAGCGAAAUCCAAGCAUCAUCGUCGUACAGCCAGUGGGGUCACGUGAGUGGCAAAGAGAAUCCAGCGGACUUGGUCUCUCGCGGAGUAAGUUGUGACAAACUCGAGAACAACGCGCUAUGGUGGGCGGGACCAUCAUGGUUACAGAGUCGCGAAGAUACUCAUUCAUCGCCUGAAGAAUUGAAUCACUCCGACGAAGUUCAAGGAAUCAUCAACGCAGAAGCAAAACGAAAAAGGGCGAUAAUUGUUAACGUGGCAAGAUGUCAGAUGAACCAAUUCUUCGAAGACUUCACAAGGGUGUAUUCAUCGAUAUCGAAAAUGGAGCGAUUGCUAGCAUACUGUCAACGCUUCAUCAAAAAUUGUCACAAAAAACCAGAAGAACGAGAAACGGGAAGCUUGAGUCCGGGAGAACUAAAUAGCGCUACGGAGUUACUUCUCAAGCACGUCCAAGCAAGUGCAUUCACAGACGAAAUCGAAAAGCUUCGCAAGGGAGAAGUCAUCAGGUCUUCAAGCAAGUUAUUAUCUCUCGAUCCUUUUCUCGACAAAAACGGACUUAUCAGGGUGGGCGGCAGACUACAAAGGGCAAAGGUCGGUUUCCAGCAACAACAUCAGAUUGUUUUACCCGAUACCCAUCGACUCACGAAUUUAUUGGUUGAACGAGAACAUCUUCGACUUCUCCACGUCGGGCCUCAAGCAUUAUUAGCAGCAGUUCGCACUCGAUAUUGGCCUCUAAAUGGACGCAAUCUCGCUCGACGAAUAUUUCACAAAUGCAUCGUUUGCUACAAGGCAAAUCCAACUCCAGUGUCGCAAAUUAUGGGUUCACUUCCGACAGCUCGAGUGCAGCCUAGCAGGCCAUUCUUCGUAACGGGUGUCGAUUUUGCCGGACCUAUAGUGACGCUCGUUAACAAGGGACGAGGACGAAAAACAACCAAAUCAUACGUAGCAUUAUUCGUGUGCUUUGCAACUAAGGCAAUACACCUUGAAGCAGUGAGCGAGCUCACAACUGCAGCAUUUUUGGCCACUCUUCGAAGAUUUGUCGCACGAAGAGGCUGUCCUCAACAAAUUCACAGUGACAACGGGACAAAUUUCGUCGGUGCGAAUCGCGAACUCAAGGAGGUGUUUGGGUUCAUUCGAAAGGAAGUCGAACAUUCAAAAUUUCAACAAUUCGUUUCCGAAAACAACAUUCAAUGGAGUUUCAUUCCACCGCGUUCCCUGCACAUGGGAGGCUUAUGGGAAGCCGGCAUCAAGUCGUGCAAAUUUCAUUUGAAAAGGAUUAUUGGACAAUUAAUGUUUACCUUCGAAGAAUUCACCACGGUGCUUGCUCAAGUCGAGGCAAUUUUAAAUUCAAGGCCAUUAACACCCAUGUCUUCGGAUCCCGCUGAUUAUCAACCGCUUACACCAGGAAAUUUUUCAGUUGGGGAACCACUCACAAGCGUCCCUGAUCUCGACAUCACCGACGUUAAAUUAAAUCGUCUCGAUUGGCAAUUAAUUCAACGCAACGUUCAAGAAUUUUGGAAAAGAUGGUCGUCAGAAUAUCUGCCCAAUCUUCAGGAAAAACCAAAUGGAAGAGGAAUCAAGAAAAUUUGUCCAUCGACGACUUGGUCAUGAUACAUGAUGACGCUUUGCCGCCCACGAAAUGGAUGGUCGGUAGAGUGAUUGAGUUACAUCCGAGUCACGAUCAAAAGGUUCGGGUUGUAACAAUAAAAACUCCGAACGGAAUAACAAAACGAGCGAUUUCAAAGUUGUGUAAACUAGCGGUCGAAACGUAAAGCGAUUGCUGUCAGAAAUUGAUACUCAAUUUGGUGGGCGGGAUGUUCGAUUUAAAAAAUCAUUUAGGCAAUGUAUCAUUUUUUGUAUUUUUGCGUUUGCUGUAUGUUAUCAUUUUUUGUAUUUCUGCGUUUUGUAUUUCGUAUUUUUUGUAUGGUUUAUUUGCUUUUUGUUUCUCUGUACGUUCCCACAAUUGAGCGCUACGCGACAGUCUCACCAGGUGGCGUGCGUGCAGCCGUAGCUAGUAGUCAGUCGGCUUCGAUGUGUCGAGUAGAACCGUCGACCGGUCGCAAAAAUUGUUUUUCAUAGUUUUGUUGUAAGUUAAUAAAGAGAUUAUCAAUCCUAAACAUUACUUCUUAAGGCUUCAUACAUAUUUGCCUGUUCCUGUCUCAGAGUACUCUCACUUGUUAAAAGUCUAUCCUGACAAUGCGUAAUGUCUUCACCUAAUUUCUCUACGGCGUUCUGGGUCUGAGCCCCUAAAUGAUCUAUCUCCUGCCGGCUGCUGAUGGCCAGUUCAUGGAUUUUUGGCAACCCUGCUGUCAAGUUUCCGCUCAAGGCGGUCUAAAAAUGGCAGUAUUCGUGAUAUUGGAUCAUCUACUUUGUCCUGAGGACUAUCAAUUGUUCCUAGAAGGCUAGUUUCUAGUGGCUGUGAGAUGGUUCUGUCGUGAAACUCAGUGUCCUGCUCUAUGGUACACUCUUGCGGGUCGAAUGAUACGUUCUUAUUUCUACCUAUCUCCUUGUCGGCCAUUUUGUCAACCAAAGGGAUUUUACUAGUUUUAUUUAUCUAAAUCUUUUUUUUUCUUUUGACUGUAUAGAAAUAGAGGCAGCUGCACGGGUUCUUGCCCUGACUUUGCGGCUGUUUAUACCAAAUGAACAAGUAAUUUUAAUUUGAUUUUAUGAAGUGACUGCUACCUAUAACUGAAUUCGAUUUUAAAUUUUACUACUCUCUCUUUCUAGAGAGCCCCACGUUGGGCGCCAAAUGUUACUUUUUUCGAAGUGUGAGUGUCUCGAAAGUUAAGUAAGUUUGAGUCGUUUACUCAAAUGAUUUUAUUUUGAGCUCUCUAGGAGUUUCGAGGCUAAUUGUUAGGGUGUAGUUGCUAUUUGAAUUGUUAUUACGGACUCGGGACAGGUUUUUACGCUGCCAGAGCCGUCUCCUGAGUCUAAAGUGAGGGAUGCCUAUGCUCCAGACGUGGGUUUCACUAGCCGCUCAGUCCUUGGACUCGGAUAGAUAUUUCGCUAUCAGAGCCAUACACUAGAGGGGUUUGUUUCGCCGAAGCUGUCUCUAUCCUACACUAGUCAUAUGGAGGAGAGAGAUAGUGAAAAAAUGUUUCACAGAUUCUAAUGUAACAAUGGUGUGUAAUUCAAAAUAAUACUUUUGGUCUCAAAUGACAAUAUUGCUGACAAGGAUAACGUAAAAUUAAAUACAAACUAAAUAUAAACUAAAUUUGAGCUGACUUAAUAGCAGAGAUUCUCUAUUAUAUUUUAUAUUUUAUUUUUAGGCAUAUUCUAUUUGAAAUUGACUCUGAGUUCACUGGUCUACCCAAGACGGAUAGCCAAUGUUAAUAAUAUACGGUAUUGGCGCUCUGUCUGAGCUAUAUUGAUUGCUUUGAUUUAUAUGAUUUUGUGGUUAGUAGGCCCCUAUGGCACAACUACCUAGCUUUUGAGUAUAUGCUUCUAAAUUCACUGGACUGCCCAAGACGGACAGCCAGCGUGCAAUGAGUCAGUAGGCGCUCUGCCAAAUACUGCUGUCAAACCGAUCGUGUGCUGGUCUUAUAUACCGUAUGUGAUUCACCGCGCAGUCGCGUUGGCGUUACUGCUCGAGCAUCUUUUGGCAGCCUGAUGCCGAGUUGGCUGGAUACGUCACAUUGCUCCCUUCUUCCAGCAACCUUUCAGUUUUGGUGGAUGUUUUUACCAAAAACUGGAUGUCUGUCGGGAGACCACUGGCUCUCCCUGAUUCUUCUUUUCGUUCUUACGUCUUGUGUUCCCUUCAGGGCUUGCCCAGUCCGAGCGGGUUAGUGGGAUCGAACCGGGUGAUGUGUGCCGAUGGUGUCGGCGGAUCUGGGAUCGUUGUGAUCAGAUCCGGUAAUGGUGGCCCCAGCAUUUGUUCCAGCUCAUCUUAUUGUAGUUAAUGAAUAGUGUUGAUUUAUAUUUAAUAAAAGACUUUUUAUUAAAUUUCUCUUUGGUACAAAACUCUGUUGUUCGCCAUCUUGUUACGAACUCUACUUAUAACAACUUCAUAUUAACACUAUGACGUCCGCACGUCU